UUAUUAGAUGAAAAUAAUUGUAUGAUAAUCGCGGUGUGCGCAUUUGAAAUCCGGAUUAUCGGAAGAGGAGGUGGAUGGGAGCGAGCGAGAAGGAAAGAAACUGUGUCAAAUAAAUGGAAACUCUUUUUGAAAGAACGAAACGAAACGAAACGAAAGAGAAGUAAAAAAAAAAGUGGAAGCGAACCAAUCGAAUUCAGUGUCAACAUUCAUUAGGUAGUGGGGCAAGGGGGAACAGCUGACGAUCUAAACAGUGACAGACAUCUUGCAUUCUGCAGCGAUUUAUUGGAUUUGUUUAGUGAUUUUAAUGUGACUGAAAGAGUAGACGGCGGUGAGUUUGAGGAUACUCCGAUAUAUCGUUGUGACGUCAUGUGAUUGCGCUUGCUAUGGCUGCUAUAUCAUAGUUCAACUGAAACAAUUGCAGGACUCCGCAGUAUAUUGGUUGCAUGCUGAAUGAAAUGAACUCUGUGUCAGAAAGUAAUCGUUUUAUGUGGUACAAAUCAAAAGCGCUGGAUAACAACAAAAGCAUGAAUGUGUGCAGUAAAUACUCUUUGAAAGGAAUGAGUGUUAAUGAUAUUUGGACAAAAAGCACUUUCAUGAAUAAUCGUAAAACCGAAAUGAACGUUGAAAUGGAGAAAACGACCAAGAUGUCAUGGUCUUGCGACAAUAACGAGAGCACGGAUGCUGUGAGUAUGAACGAGGAAGUUGUCAAGGUCGAGAAAGAAGUCGACCAUUUGGAGGAGGCAACAAGCACAGCAGAUGAAACUGUGCCAUCUCCAGCACAUCAUGCUAGACGACCAAUGAAUGCCUUUUUAAUAUUCUGUAAGAAACACAGGCCGAUUGUUAGAAACAAGUUUCCGAAUCUGGAAAAUCGCGGUGUUACCAGAAUUCUUGGAGAAUGGUGGGCUCUGUUGGAUAUACACGAUAAGAACCCGUAUACGAACUUGGCUAAAGAGUACAAAGAUGCUUUCUUUUCUGCAAACCCUAACUUCAAGUGGUACAAGCUUCCCGCUCCACCAUUACGUACGUUACCAACGAGACCAAAUAAUUUUAAGCAAGAGCCGACAUCUCCAAUUUCAUCUGUUAAUCUGCACAACGCCAGAGCUGAAUUUACUCCAGGUAAACUUGCCGAUGAAUCGCAGUUGGGCAUGUUGUCAACACUUUUGAACAGUAACAGCACUUUUACUGUUAAGCCUCAAGAAAAGAACGUUGAUACCACUUUGUGCAACAACAAUAACGAGAUGGAAAAUAACAACAGAGAAUAUAUGACGAGUCCAGUCAAGUCCGGCUCUGAUAAAAACGAACCAGCGAAGCCGCUGAAAAAACGUACUUUGGAAAUCAUCGACAAUAAAAGUGUGCAGAAGAAUAUAUUCGAGUCACCACCUAUUGAAACUGAUAUUAAUGUUGACGACGAUUCGGAUGCAAGGAACGACUUUAAAGAUACCAGAAAGUCAGAUAGAAAAUGCAAAGGCAACAGGUAUGCAGAAUUCAUGCUCAAUAGCAGGCUGUUGAAGACCAAAAGGGAAAAGUCCCAAGAGAUUUCAAGUAUAGAUUUAAACAACACGAUCAAAAGACUUGAAGAACGGAUUUUGCCUAAGGCUGACAAUGGAAAGCAGGAGCGCACAAGAACAUCAUCGGAACAGUCUGAACCAGACGAUUACUCCAAGAGCAUUCCAUCGUUCGAUCUAAACAAGCGUAUAUGCGAAUUAACUAGUCUCAGUUAUGAUAGAUAUUUGGAACGCAAGAAGGAGAGUAAAAAGCGAAGUAAAUUCGUCCGCAACAAAGGAGAUUUGAAGCAUAAGGUGGAAGCGGUCAAAGGGAAACAGUUAAUUGGAUCCAAGAAAAGAAAAAACAAGAAUAACAUCACUCACUUAGAAAAGACUAGCUUCGAAUGCGCCAAUCAAUUCAACGAUGAAUUAUCUGGUCUGGCGACGUUGGCCACAAUUGCGGCCUACAAGGAAAAAAUUCCAGGUAAUGUUUCUAACACAUAAAUAUGAAACUUUUUUUUUGUAUCGAGUAUCGAAAACAAUGCAACUUUCAAUUGG